AUGAAGACAUGGACGCCUUUUGGUCGGGCCGUGAUGGUCCUUGGUGUUUUACUGCUUCUUGUGAUGAUGGUUGCGUCACAAGACACUGGAGGCUUCGACGACGAUGAUACUGGAGGCUUUGACGACGAUGAUACCGGCAGUUUCGACGAUGAUGAUGAUACCGGAGGCUUUGACGACGAUGAUACUGGCGGUUUCGACGAUGACGAUGAUACCGGUGGCUUUGACGACGAUAUCUGCCCAGCCAUCCAUGAAUCUGCUGAAAACCUGUUGCCUCCUCUCGCCGGAAGACAAUACACUUGCGGGACCUACAACGGGCACUUGUACGAAGCUUCAGAUGGGCACCACUUCUACAUGCAAUGUUGCACGAAUAUUCCCGGUGUUGCUCCCUUCUACGGUCUCUUUGCCGCUGACUUCGGGUCAUGCAUGGAUUUCUGUGCCCAGGAGCCUACAGGCCAGUGCAGAAGCGUCGGAUUCGACUCGAACCCCGCCCCAGGCGACACGGAAAACUGCGUUUUGUUCAAAACAGGGGAUUUUCUGUCCACCGAUCACGAGAAGUAUCACUAUGCCUUCCUGGCUGAAGCCCCCACAGCCGAUCACCCCGACGAUGAGAUUAAGCUCUGCACCACGGAGUGUCCAGGGUCGCAUAAUCAGGUUUACACUACACCCUACGGCAAGACUAUGAGGAUGGUCUGCGGUAAGAGGCACGGGGUGCAGUCUGUGGUUGAGAAUGUCGCGUCGUGGGAGGAGUGUAUGGACUUGUGCGGCAAACUGGUCCCGUGUCAAAGUGUCGACUACCACAGCCGCAAGAGACGUUGCUACAUCGGGGACCACGCAGGAGAGCCAAGCAUCGACGCCCCUGGCUUCAGCGCCGCCUACAACAUGGGCUGUGCCGGCGCCUGCUGCAAUUUCCCCAAGCCGGGGACAUCUCCGUCUACUCCAUCUACUCCGUCCGCAUCUCCGACUGCUUCGGUCAAACCCAUACCUCCACCUGCAGUUGUGGCGCUGCCACAUGGAGAUCCCUGCCCAAGCUUACAUGACACUGAGCUGAUCGUCAACUCUGAAAAGUGGCAAAUCAAGUGCGACUACGUCGACGGGUAUGCCAACGGGGGGUAUAACUUCCCUAUGGACAAGACUGCUACCUUAGAGGAAUGCGUGCAAAACUGCCAGAACGAGCCCAAGUGUGUGUGGGCAGAGUAUCGCCCCAGUGAUCAGUACUGUGGUGCCCAAGUCAACGACUACUCAAAAGCUACUAUGCUUAAUCAGCGUCAGGCACAGGCACAUUUCAACAUCAUUCCAUUGUAG